AAUCCACUGACAGCAUUCAGUGGCGCGGGAGCCACCAAUAAAGAUGGCCGUUUCGUGGUACGCAGUGGCUUUCCUCGCCGCUUCCGCCCUUGGUGCUUCCAUCGCACCGAGCAAUUAUGUUUUGGAAAAAUCAGCAUGUGGAAGAGUAUGGGUGACAGUGUACUCCCCAGCGAUACGAUUAACAGGCGGAAAGAACUUGCUCGAUGCUAUCGAACUGAAUUGGGAUUUCAGUACCUGUUCCGAUACGCCUAUGCAGAUAGGUCUUUUCAAUGACAGGCCUAUGUCGUGGAAAAACGCUUUGGCCACGUUCCCUUUAAACUCAGCUGUCGGAUUCGUUAUCACGAACAUUUCUCUCGGUGAAGGAAGUCUACCCGCUGGCUGGGAAAGUAGCCCCGGAGUCAAAGGCCCCCACUGCCUCUGGCCGUGGGUUGGUGCAGGAAACAGUUUUAUACAAUCGUUCAACUGCCUGAAGAUUCAGCCAACAUGGAUGGAAGAUAACGCGGAUAAAAUCAACAAACUGCGUAUUGGCGAGCUUGCUAUACCCGGUACGCACAAUGCUGGCGCGUGGAAGUUCGACACAGAAAUCAGCACGGUCGAACGGGAUAGCUUCGUGCUGUGCCAGGACCGCUCCAUCUGGGCUCAACUGGUCCACGGCAUCAGAUAUUUUGACUUCCGCAUCGCAUAUUAUGACUUUUAUGAGAGAGAAGAAGACAGAUACUGGCUGAAUCACAACCUCAUUCGUGUCCGUCCGUUAUUACCAUUAUUAAAAGAAAUAAAAGCUUUUCUAGACAGUACUAAAGAGGUUAUAUUCCUUGACGCUCAUCACUUUCCUGUUGGAUUCUACCAUCAAAAUGGGGCGCCAAUUCAACAAGUGCAUCGGGGCUUGCUGAAUAUAGUUCAAAGAGAGUUGGGUCCACAUAUAGCGCCUGCGUCGCAGUUUGCCACGGGGCCCGGUACGAGAGGUCCAACACUGCAGGCCUUCGUGGACGCCGGUAGACGGCUCCUAUUCAGCUAUGUCGACAAUAGUAUCGUUGCUGGUAACAGAUGGUUAUGGCCGAUAUUGCCUCAUCUUUGGGCAAACACCAACCGCCCCUCAGAACUCUUCCAUUUCUUAGACAAUAUGAUCGAUAGAUCACCGCUGCCUUCUGCUCGAUCGCCACUAUUUUCUGCUAUGGCACAGACCACCCCUACCGUCUUAGACAUCCUACUAGUGAGAGGAUCAUUAAGAGAAAACGCAGAUGCUGUCAACAGAAAUGUCACAGCACGCCUUAAAACUCGUUGGCGGAAUAACGCCAACAUUGUUUCUACGGACUUUUUCCUGGGCAACGACGUCACCGACGUGUCCAUAGCACUGAGUGUCGAACGCUCCAGUCGGUUAUGACGAAGCGGAGUACGUCUUCGAACCGGAGGGAUUCUCGUCAAUAAGUGGCAUCGUCCCCGAUUGCAGGUUUAUGGACGUCGCUCCCCAGGACUUCCACUUACGGAGUACCACCGAAACCGUUCUAAAACGGCUCGUUGAUAUUAUAUAAAUUGACCAAUUGAUUUAUUACUGUCACUUCCAUCACUGAACGGAGUCUUCCGGUACAUUAAUGCUUUAACACUGCCUGACAUUCCACUCAUAUGAUUCCGGCAAACAAUGUAGUGAGAUAAAUUAUGUAAUAUUAAUUAUUAUUAUUGUUAAGAGUGAACUAGUCCAUCGUUACUUGAUAAGAAACGAUUUGUUUUACGAAACCAAAAUUAAACAUAUCAUUGUAUUAUUA